CGAACAACAAAAUGGCGGCCGACAGGGCUGGUGGUAAAGAAAAGGCAGGAAUAGGUCCUGUUAGAGUUGGAUAUUACGAAAUGGAACGAACUAUAGGAAAAGGAAACUUUGCGGUUGUGAAGCUGGCCACACAUAUUGCCACCAAAACGAAGGUUUGUUUACGUUGUCUAUUUUAUUUAUUUUUUUUCAUUGGCAUUAUUGUUAGCUUUUCGAUGGACUGCAAAGUAAAAGUUUAGUCAGGUUAGCAUUUUUUUUAUUUGUUCGCUAACUACUAUCUGUGCGAGUUGUCGUUCGUUACUCAGGGAGAGUUUUUUUGAAAGAAUUGUUUGGAAUAACCAUAAAUUCUGUAAAAAAAUUAUGAUUGGUUGCAGGAAGAAACAAUGUAGAAAGAUUUGAUUUUUUGCCUUAAAUGAGAUUGUGAUAAAAGUAGGCACAAUUACACUAGAGCAAGAGACUAUUCACUAGAGAGGAUGAAUAACAUAAGUUGCCUAAGCCUAAAUUUAUAUAUCAAAUAAAUUUAAAAUAAAGUUUGUAAGAAUCACACAUUCUCAUAUAAUAUUAAUAUUCUGAUCUGAAUCUUUCAAUAAUCUUGAUAUAAAUUCUAGUCUUCCUACAUUUUUCAACAUCAGAGACAACACACUUUGUGAAAGGCAGGUGUUAAUCUAGCACCAGCAGAGUCAAGAAUAGGAAUAAUAGGAUUCAGGAUUUAUAGCAAGGCAGAUAUGCCUAGUAAAGAUAGUCUGUUAGUGUUAGCAAUAGUAACUUUACUUAGUCUUAUUAAGUUAAGUAGAUAAUAUAUAUUGCAGUUUGUAGGCUAUAGACACUAUAUUCUAUAUUUAUAUAACUUUUAAGUGUAGUAGGUCAAGUCACCAUGACCUACUGGCCAAUUAAUAGACUUGUAAAGAAGAAGGCCCAUACUAUACACCAUAUAUUAGUUAUCUGUAUUUGAGUAGUAAUUCUACAAAUUUUUAUUUUAGUAGCUUAGAUUAGACCCUUAGUUAUUAAUAUUUUGAAAGUGAUUAUAUUAUUAGGUGUACUGGCUAAAACAAAAGUUGGCGACCUGGGGUAAUUUACUCAAAUGGGGUAAAAACUAAAAGACAAUCUUGGAGGUAAUGAGGGCUCAAUAAAUAUAAAUAAAGUUAUAUUACAAGCCUGUACCUUGUUUUGAGAGGAAGUUUUGUUCUGGCAACGUCACACCUAGCCAGUGCAAUCGUAUGAUUACUAAUAGUAAUAGAAAUACACCGAAUAUGUUAUGGCUAGUAAUAAGUAAUGGUAGCUGGCAUUAAUGCACAUCUUGUAUUGUAUGCAUUUCAUUUGGUCUUGUUGCCUAAAGUUUGUUUAUCUUACUUGAAAAAAUUAGAAACAUAGGAGCCAGAAUGAUCAAUUCAUUGAUCGUGGGCCCUCAAAAUAAAGAAGAAGAAGAAGGAUUUUGUUAUUUUAUCACAUUUACUUUAUUCUUUAAAAAAAAAAAAAAAUAAUUUGUAAAAUGCUAAUAAAUAUACAGUAUAAUUUAAAAGACAUGCUUCUAGGGCUGUCAAUGGAUGCCCGGGUACCUGCUCGAGGCUCACUGCCUGUGUAAUCUGCUGGGAACAUAUUUUUUAAGAAAUUAUUUUAAAAUCAUUAAAAAAAGGAAAUAACAUUUCUAAGAAGAAUUUUGACCCAUUAGCGUCUGCUAACACCUCUCAGAUUCCCACAAGUGCUUUUCUAAUGUGCAUGGCUGUUACAUGUCAGACGUAUUCUCACGUCUGAUGCUCAUUCAGGGGCCUAACAAUUAAGCUACAAUACAUUUGGUUGCUAAAAUUUACUGUUGUUCUGGCAAGAAUGGCAUGUUAUUUUAAAAACUAUUGAUCUGUAUUGGGCUAUCUAUUUUCAUUAAAUGUUAUGAACGCUCAUAGGUCGGCAUGUCUUACCAAGCUAACUUUAUUGGACUAAAAAGUCUAGAUAAAACAAUCAGAUUGAUGUAGAAUUUAUUGAAAUUAAUAUAGAAAGUAAUAAGAAUGAUCUUUUAGUUGAAGAUAUAUCUGAACCAGAGUGUAAAAAUCAAUACUAUUAAAUUGGUAGAUAAUAAAACCGAUGGGUAAUGGUAACCAUGGUGAUGGCCAUUAAUGACUCCAUAUAAACUCGUCUGCUUCACCGGGUACCUGUCUACAUUGGUCGACAGGUACCUGUACAGAUGUUCCAAUUUUUGACAGCGUGUCUAAAUGCACUGAACAUUCCAAAAAUAGAUGAAUGUCUCUUGGAAAGAAACAUUUAGUCACAUUUUCUUUGAGUGGAUGUAUUAAAUUAUUCUGUAAAUAUCAAUUUAACAAGUUUAUGAAAGUGCAGGUGGUAUUAUCUGUCUGGUAACAGGUUUAAAUUGUUGAUCAGUUGCUGGUACCAACUUUAUCAAAUUUAGAGUUGACUAAGAUUUCAACUGCUGCUAGCAGGUCCUAUAAAAUAUGCCAAUCAGAUCUUGUCGUGUGGAAUAGUUUGGAAUGCAUUGAAAGAACCCAAAUUUGUUGCUAAAUUUUUGCACAGCUUUACCAGUCAAUUACUUCUUUAUCGUUUUCAUAAUUGAAUAAACAUACUUAGAGUAAAUUAUAAAAAUCUCCCAUGACCUGCUUAUAAUCAAACCACCCCACCACCACCCCCCCCCAACCACCCAACCCAUCUUAAGAGGGAUUAUAUAUAAUACUAUUUUAGAUAGGUACAGUCACCUACUGUGUGUAUAGAUAUUAAAUUAAGAUUUACAAUAAAAACCUCCCCUGACCCUCUUAAAAUCAAACCCACCCCCCCCCCCCCCCCCCCCAACCACCCAACCCAUCUUAAGAGGGAUUAUAUAUAAUACUAUUUUAGAUAGGUACAGUCACCUACUGUGUGUAUAGAUAUUAAAUUAAGAUUUACAAAAAAUUCAUUUUUUAAAGGUUAUAAACAAAUUAUUGCAUUUUUUAAAACUAUAAUGUAAUAAUGUUUUUUUGGUAUAUGAAACCUCAGUCUUUGCAAUGCAGGGAUGAAAGGGGGGCAAAUUUAAUAAGUUAGAAAAGAACAAUGAAUGCAUGACUAACUGAAUCUAUUUAUCUCUACUGUAACAUGAGGAGUUAUCCACUAAAAUUGUACAAAUAAAACUGACUGACUCCUUAACUUAUUGUGCUUUCAUCUUUCUCUCCUUGUUUAAAGAACCAGAUCAACUCUCUAACAAAAAUAAAGGCACCAUGUCUUACAACAAAGAGGUCUAACCACAACCAACAAACUAACAAACCCCACCUAGUCCAGUCAAGUUAAUAAAGUUUUUAAAAAAUAAUAUAAAAUUAUAGCAGUUCUUUUUGCCAUCAUUGCAAAAUCUGAGUUUAUGGAAUGCUAAAUGAUAGUAAAAAAAAAAAGCAUCCUUAUAUGUUAUAAUAUAGAAAAACCCACUCGUGUCCGGUUCUAAUGCUUUUGUAAACUCAAGGAGGGUGGGGGAGAGAGACUAAACUUGCCUAAACUCUAGUUGCAAUGGUGUAUUACUUAGGUUUAUUAUCAGACCAAAGUCAUUGUUGUUCACUUUUUAUAAUCCAUAAUGUUUUUUUUAAACAAUGCUAUUGCUAUUAUUUGGAAUAAUUUUUGAAUGUUUGUGUCCGUCUUGUUCUAAGGUCGCCAUAAAAAUUGUGGAUAAAACCCAGCUGGAUGAAGAUAAUCUUGGAAAAAUUUACCGGGAAAUAGAAAUCAUGAAACUGCUGAGGCACCCCCAUAUAAUUAGGCUUUAUCAGGUAAGUGUCUUUUCCCACAAAGUUUGUAAAGAUGAGUAUUCUUUAUAAAGAAGAUUAAGAUUUUUUUAAAAUACAGCCUAAAGAGAAUUUGAGAUUUUUUUACCAACCUCCAUUCAUAUGUCUUUGUCUAAUUGAAGUUAUGUGGGUUUUUUGUUGUUGACAUGAUUGUAUUGUAUUCUUGAUUGUGUCAAAGUAAUGAAGAUUUCAAACAAAACUCUUUUUCAUGAUGCAGUGUCAGGAAAUAUGAAUAAUCUUUAUUUAUUACAUUUUAACUUGCAUGAUUGGUGUUAAAUUAUCAUUCAUGUUUGAGAAGUGAAGCACCAACUUGGCAAAAUAUAUUAUAAUUUCUUUGUCAUAUUUCUGCUUUUUUUCUUAGGUUAUGCAAUCUGAGCGGAUGCUUUACUUAGUUACUGAGUAUGCUAGUGGAGGAGAAAUAUUUGGUGAGUAAUUAAGCAUUAAUUUUAUUGUGUUCAUUUGGUAGGUGUGAAAUUUUAUGAGGACAUUGCUGUUUAAUAACACCAUCAUUCAAAUUGUCAAGUAAUAAAGCCCAUAAUUUUAUUGUUACUUGGAUUAGAAGCUCAAAAGAUAUAUGUAAGAUGAUAUUACAUUUCAGUCUUGAAGACAUUUUUAUUAGUAUGAAUGUAACAUUCUCUCUUUGUAUAGUAGGACAUCAAUGAUUCAUUUUAUCAUUAUUUUUUUUGUCAUUGAAACUUCUGUUGCUCAGUAUUGAGUGUGUAAUUACUAAAUUAAGUUUCUAAUAAAUAAAAUAGGAUUUUUAUAAUUAGCUCUCCCUGGGAUAUAGUUAUUAAUGUUAUUAGCUACCUUUUAACAAAAACCUUAUCAAGAUGGCCAAAGCCAAAUAGCUUAAGAACCUCUUUACUAUUGUACGUAAAUGCCUGUGAAGCACUUGACAGCCUGAGUGCAAUGUUGAGGUGGAGAAAGUGUGAUCAAACCAAGCAUCAGAUAACUGGGCGCCUUGUUUGUUGGUUGCUUGUGUGGGACCUUCUGGUGUUGACCCAUGCAGUGAACAAACUGGUGAUGAGGAGAGAGCUUGUUGGCAGAGUGUUGUUUUUUUUAUUGACAAGGAUGGUCAGAUCUAACACUAGACUCACAAGGAUGGUCAGAUCUAACAGUAGUCUCACAAGGAUGGUCCAGAUUAGCUUUACGCUGAAAUAACUUGUUUCAGAUAAUUUAAUCACAAAUAAAUUCUAUAUUUAAAAUUAGAAUUGCAAAAGAAAAUAGGAAGACAUAUGGGUUAUAACUUUUCACUUACUUUUUUGUACGAUUCUUAAUUUUUAUUUUAUGUUGUUUGUAUUUAUAACAUAAGUAAAGGAAUAUAUUGGGUAUACAGCAAUUGUUACAACAAGGUUCCGCCUGGCGGGCCUCUCAAAUGUUGCAAACUCCUAAUUAUCUUGUCAGGAAGUUCAGCCUCCUGUCUAGGGUAGAUUUUUGCACUUGCCAUCCACAUUUGAACAUUUAAGAAAGAUGACAUGCUGUCUAAUAUUCUUUAUUCACACAUAUAACCAUACGUAAUCUGCAAAUACCAAAAAAAAAAAAAAAAAAAAAAAAAAACAAAAAAAAAAAAAAAAAAAAAAAAAAAAAAAGCUACAAGACUGACAAUUUACCACACUAGAACUCUGAGAAUCAAUCCACACAUUGAAAUCCCAACAACAGGAGGACUCUUUAACACACUCUCUUGACACACUAACAUUUCACAUUGAACUCCCUUUCGUCCCUGGUCACACACUAUCUAAUCUGUCAUAUGUUCGUCAUUCUUUCGCUUUCUGCCAAUCCCACCAGAAGGCUACCAACACAACUCUCUUGAAUUAAAAUUCACAUUCCAGAAACUACGAAUCAGAUCAUUAAAAACAAUCAUCUUGAAACACAGUCUUUUAACAGUCCAUUCAAUUUCUUUAAUCCGUUUGGUCUUUCUGCAAAUGAUUCAAUUUAAAAAAAAAAAUCACUUAUUAAAUUUAUAUUGCUAACUUUGUUGUAUUUUGCAUCACAUCCAUUCCUAGCUGUUUAGCUUAGAACAACAAAUAAAAUAAACAAUGGUAAUCUUCUUCUUCUUCUAUAUCUUAAGGGCCCACGAUCAAUUUAUUGAUCAUUUUGGCUCCUAUGCAUGUAGAUGGGAUUUGCAAUGUUUCUGUUACUGGUGGUGAUGAGGAAAUUAAUAUCCAUUAAUAAACAAAAAUAUUAUAAUACAUAGAUUAUUAUGUAGUUUCACAAUGCUUUGCCUUUUUUGUAAAAUAAAUGUUACCUUCCCAACUCAACUAAGUGGCUAUUGGUGACCCAAAAAAUGUAAUACUUAAAUUAUGGGAAUUUAGUAGGUAGAUAUAGUACAAAAAUGUUUUGAAAAAUUAUGUGUCACUCUUUAGUUUGUUUGGGAUUACAAUGAACAUUAUUGUUCUGAACCAUAACUUGAAAUAAAUCAAAUGGAUGGGAAGUUAAAAUAUGAGCUUUUCCCUUUAUACUCAACACUAGUUUUUUUUGUCUUGUCUUUCUAUGAUACGGUAAGAGCGCACGUCUGAAUCAGAACUUUUCUUAAUAAUGGCUUUGGAGUUUGUAUCACUCUGGGGGAGGCUGAUACAGUAACCAUCUUCUCCACCGCAGAGCAUAAGAGAGUACUCUGGAGAGCACCAUAAACACGAUUAUUUUUUGCUGAUCGGCAACAACUUAUUGUUUCUGCUGUGAAGAAUGGUGUUUCCCUUUUGAAACUCCUGUCCCAGAAUGACCCAAGUCACCUCCCUUGAUAUUGGGGCGUUACAUCGAUCCCUAUGCCCAAAUGCGGGUUUUCUGUCCCCAAGAAUCACAGCCUUAAAAUCAUGUCUUUUCGCAUUAUUUUCCAUUGUUGUUUAAAAAAAAUUUAUGUAUUAAUUGUUAUCAGGCAGCAUUUCUUGAAGCUGACAGUAAAGAAAAUGAUGCUGAGACUUAGUCAUUCCUUAUGUAUCCACUGCAGCCGCUCUAACAGACUGCCCUUGAGCUUUGUUUAUUAUCAUGGUGAAGCAGACUGACAGAAAACUUCAGUCACUUAAACUUAAAGUGGUAGUUGAAGGGGUAUUUGGGGGUAUUAAAACUGUUUUCCCAACCCAGACUUUGAAGAUGGUUACUUCAAUGACAUUUCUAUGUAAGGCUUUAACCGGCAUGGUUGAAGUACGAACUUUCGGGCAGAGAUUGUAUGGUGGAAUCCCUGUUGGGUUUGAAGUGUGAAAGAACUCUACUUGGUAGUGCACCACGUCCUUUAACUCAACCACAGAGUCCAUAGAAUGAUAUCUCACCGUCUCAGUAGGAAGUUGAUCCAAUAGAGAAUUGUUAAUGCUUGUGGAAGUGUUUCUUUUUGGGAUGUAAGAAUGGCUCUUUCCUUAACCCAAAUCAAAUUAUCUGUGUGUAAUUUUCUCAAAUCUGAGAAUAUCUUUUCAUUCAAUCUAUUUAGAUCUUUGAAAACUUCACAGAGAUUAACCAGAGUGUAUAAUUUGUGGAUUGGACACCUUGUAGAGUGUAUGACUUGUGGAUUGGAUACCUUGUAGUGUAUAACUUGUGGAUUGGAUACCUUGAAGAGUGUAUAACUUGUGGAUUGGAUACCUUGAAUAGUGUAUAACUUAUGGUUUGGAUACCUCAUAGAGUGUAUACCUUGUUAUCAUCUUCCUAAAAAUUCCCAUAUCCCCAAUAUUUUAUUUGGAGAUGGAAGUUUGAGAACUCCCCUGCCUUUAGAUUGCUUUUGAGAUGAACCAUCAUUUUGACUCGCUAGGAUCAGACUUGGAAUUUAGGCUGUAGGUGAGAUGACUUUAGACAGGCUUUGACCUCAUCCGCACAUGCUUCCUGGAGAAAGUAGGGUAGUAUCUGUCUGAAGUCACCGGCCAGUAGCAUAUUAAUCCCAUCCAUAAGACAUAUACUACGCCGGAUGUCCUGAAGGUUUCUUUAAAUGCUUCUAUUCCCCUGUUGUGAGCCAAGGUGCACUCAUCCCAAUCUUGCAUUCACCAAGUACCUGAGCUGUAUUAUUCUGUUUCAUAUGUUUCACAAAGUAGCCUCAGAGUGAUUUAUUUGAAAGGCACUUUGAAGUCAGGCUGAGAAGAUAAAAUAGGCAUUAUUGUAAGAUAAAAGUAUCUUUAUCUUAUAGUGAUAUUUAACUUUUAGCAUAUUAGAUGAUUAAGGUGGUCAUGGUCAGUUUCAAAAUACAAACUAUAAAUAAGCUCAGAUGCAUGGUUUAAGAUCUUAAAUGUAAAAUAUUCUUCUUGGAUGCAAAAAUAUAAUGCCACAUGUUCAUAUGCAGAUGACAUGCAGCUAUACAAGUAUACCCAUCCCUCUCUUGUCAAUUCUGUUAAACACACCUUGCAGGAGUGCAUUGGUGAUGUCAAGUCAUGGAUUACUCUCAGCAAGUUGAAGCAAAACGAUGACAAAACGGAAGAAUUCCUCAUACACAAUUAUGAAUCAUCCUCAAACUCAGCUCUCCCAACCUCAUUUCAUGUAGAAAGCUCCGAUAUAGAGUUCACAUCCUCUGCUAGGAAUAUUGGUUACAUCUUUCUGACAACAUGUCUCUCAUUAAUCAUAUUUCUCACAUCUGACACUCUGCGUACACCGCAAUCUGUCAGAUAAGCUCCAACCCCCACUACCUCACAGUCAGCGCAACAAAAACACUAGUCUGUGCUCUUGUUCUCUCUCGUCUUGACUAUUGUAACUCUCUUCUGUCAGGUUCACCAAACAUUUCAUAGAAAAACUGAAGAAAGUUCAAAACUCAACUGCUAGGUUAGUUCUAAAGGCAAAAAAAAAAGUGAUCACCUCACUCCACUACUUCACUCACUUCAUUGGCUCCCGAUACAGGCAUGCAUUGAUUACACGCUGUCUGUUCUCUGUCACAACUUUUUCUCUGGUUCCUGCCCUUCCUAUCUUACUUAACUUCUUACUGUCUAUUCACCCCUUCGAAUGCUUCGUUCCUCUGCAGACACGCAUAUUCUUUCUGUUCCCAGAACACGAACUAAGAUAUAUGGUGAACGAUCUUUCCCUUUCUGUGCCCCAAAACAAUGGAAUUCUCUCCCAUUACACAUCCACAAUAUAACGACCUUCACAGCCUUCAAAACUUCCCUCAAGACCUAUCUCUUCAAACUGUACUAUACCUACUUAUUCUCAGACCCCUCUGACUGAUAAACAACGCUCGAUUCUGCUGGGUUCUGUCCAGGGGUAGAUAGUACUUGGGUUGGUGAGGUCAAGCUUUUCACCAAUUUUUGUUUUUAAAUGUAUAAGUUUCUGUAACUGCUAAUUUUUAUGUGAAGUGCAGUGAGCCUAGCCCUAGGCUGGGGUACUGUGUUAAAUAAAACCAUAUAAUAAUAAUAUAAAAUGAGACAUCAAAAACAUAAACCAAAAAAGACAUAUUUUGAAACAAGUAAUUUCUUAUAUAUUAUUAUGUUUUGAACCUUGGUCAUUUUAAGACCACUGAAAAGCUGUAUUUUACACACAAAAAACUUGCCAGUGCACGCCUAGAAUACAAGAGGAAUCUCCAUAGAAAUAAAAUCAACAUAUUAGGGCUCGUUAUUCUUGAGAUCUCGUGAUUAAUUUGUGGGAUUUGGCUUAUAUAUAUAUAUAUAUAUAGAUAUAAUAUCAUAUAAAACAAAUAGCUAUAUUAUAUGACCCCAUGAUGUAAUUUAGAUGGUGCCAAAUGAGAAUCUGAUUACUAUACUAACUUCCACUCAACACUUUUUCUUUUAGAUCACCUGGUGGCUCAUGGAAGGAUGAAUGAACGUGAAGCUCGACAGAAAUUCCAACAAAUUGUUUCUGCUGUAUCGUACUGUCACAGUAGAGGGAUUGUGCACAGAGAUCUGAAAGCUGAGAACCUAUUAUUGGAUGCAAAUCUUAAUAUUAAAAUUGCCGGUAAUGAAAAGUUUUCCACUAUUCUGGAGUUAUUUUUUUAAAAAUAAUAAUAAACUGAAAAUAAAAUGUUUUAUACAGUUCAAAAACAUUCAUCAUAAUUAUCUAUUAAAAUUUUUUUUUACUGUGCGUGUUCUUUAUAUUAACGUCUGCCGAUGUCUGCAUAAAACAUAAGAGGUUGUGUUAUCAUGACACAAAAGGAGACAACCCAAAAAAAACAACAUUUCGCUUGCAUUACCAAAUAAAUGUUAAAUUAUAUUAAAUUUCAACCCUUUUCAUUACCAUACGUUUCUUGUCACUAUUCAGAUUUUGGUUUUAGUAAUUUUUUCACACCUAAUUCAACCCUGAAGACUUGGUGUGGGAGUCCACCAUAUGCAGCCCCAGAAUUAUUUGAGGGAGUUGAAUAUGAUGCACCAAAGGUGGAUGUCUGGGUAUGUUCACUGUACACAUGCAAAUACAACAUUAUGUAAUGUAUGGUACAGAUUCUUAUACUAAGUUUUACAUUCUUUAGGGCAGCUAUACUGGUUGUCCACAUGCAUGGUGCAUUUCCAAUUCUACAACAUAGUUUUUAGCUGCCAAAGUAAAUGAAUGAUAACAAGUAAAAAGUAAAAUAUUUUAUUUUCAAUAAUGAAAUGCAUUUGUAUCCCCAGAGUCUGGGAGUGGUUCUGUAUGUUCUCGUGUGUGGGGCUUUGCCGUUCGAUGGAAGCACAUUGCAGAGUUUACGCAACCGUGUACUAGCAGGCAAAUACAGAGUUCCAUUUUAUAUGACGAGAGGUAAGUGCACCCAAGGUUUUCUCAUUUACAGUAUCACUUUCAUACUUGCCUAUUAAUGGCAAUAAUAUAUGUCUCAAUCUAAAGAUAUCAUGAAAGAAACUAAAGAAAAUCCUUUACAACUUUUUUUUUUACAUUUCAUAUCACUUAAAGCUUUUUAAUAAUUAUUGUUUGGAUUUAAGCUUUAAAAAAAUAAAACAAUAAUUUUUUUCUUUCAAGUAAUAACAAGUAAUAAAUUGUAGUUUAAAGUUUCAUUUUUUUCUACUUAAAUAACCAAAUAUCUCAAUUAAUCAUUUUUUAAAGGGCAAUGAUUAUGCAAAUUUGCUCUUGCUUUUGUCAGAGAAUAAAAAUAUUUCCAAUAUAUGUUCCUCAGAUUGUGAAAAUUUAAUUAGUAACAUGCUUGUUGUGGACUCAGUCAAACGGUAUUCAGUUGCUCAGAUUGUGCAACAUACAUGGAUGAGAGCUGGUGCUGAGGAUGGUGAGACAGAUGAGCUCCUGUAUGAGGAACAUGGUGUGUCCCUUGAGACCGACUUGGGCCAACAGAUUCUUACGCACAUGGCCAGUCUAGGCCUGGAUACAGAUGCUACCAUAAAGGUACACCAAAUAUCAGAAUCUCGCAUAUAAUCUGAUUUCUUCUCCAAGGAGGGCGAAAAGUUAUGAAAGUCAUUUUUACUCCAAACUUUCAGGAUGUACCAGCAUGCUUCUUCAUGUUAUUGACUAUACACUACCUAAUGGUGCAAUAAAGAGAAUGGUUAGGAACAUUGUGUGACUAGUUUUAACUUUUAAAAAUUAUGUUAAAAUAUCUUUGUUAAAGUAUUUGCUAGAAUUGGUAUGUUUUCUUGCGAGUGUGGCUAAAAAAACCAUUCUAUCAAAUGUAGCUUAAAUUUUUAUUGCCAAAAAAAUAAAGUAAUUUUUUUAAUAAAGCAAUCUUAUUAUUUAUACGUAGCCUAUUCAUGAACAUAUAUGUAUUUCAAUUUUAAAAAAUUGAACUGUUGACUUAUGAUAACAAUCACUUUUCACAUUGUGCAACUUUCAGAAUAGAAACCAACAAGAAAUUGAAGACUUAAAACCUAGUUUUUAAAAACUCCUGCUAACAAUUCAAAUAAUGUUUUACUUUAUCAAGCACAUGUAAAUCUUAUUCAUACCUUUGACAUUAUUGUUUUACUCUUUAAUUACAGAUUUUUAUGUUUAUUUUUAUAGUAGGUUUGUUUUAAAAAAUCACUACUGUUAUAACAACUAAAUUGAUUUCAUAAAAGCAUAUUAUGAGUUAUAUUUAUAAUUUUCCCAUUCACUCUCUAGUCUGUAGAAUCCAACGGCUUUGACCACCAUAGUGCCAUUUAUCACCUUCUUGCUGAUAAGUUCAGGAAACAUCCACGGGCAAUGGUUUCACGGUCUAGUCCUGGACCUUCUAGACCUCCGCCUAUAGUCACAAGAACAGAAAGACGAUCAAGUAUUACAACUGGUAUAGGUAAAUACAUUGUAGCCAUUGCUCUUUCUUACACUAUCAUAGAGUUAAAUAUCUCUGUAUGGAUGUAAAUGAGCUGACAAUGUCUAAUUGCUCUUUCAUUUAUACUUUUUUCAAAAUAUACCUAAAACUUACUAAAUGUUUGACCUUAAUAAGAACAAUUAAGUCAUUUAUUACAAUUAAAAUAACAUUAGAGUAUGUGUGCUAGGAGAAAUUAUUUGAGGAGAUUUUUUGGUAGAUGCCUUCUUCUCUUAUUUGUUACUCUGAAAAGGCGUAUUAGCAGGCUUAUUCCAGAUUAUGAAAUUAAUUUUUGUUCUUCAGUUGAGAGAGUGGAAGUGCCUGUUGAAGUUGACAGCAUUGAGUCUUCAAUGCAACCACUGACAACAUCAUCUCCACCGACCUCAGCUUCACCGAUAUCAGCACUAACAUCCCACCUCAGUGCAUUAGCUGCAUUCCGCAGCCAGUAUGCUCAGGUAACAAAAGCUGUCAAUCUUAUGUAUGAGAUAACUAUCAAAACGUAAUAUAAUCUAUUUAUUGUGUAAAAUAUAGGCUCAAUUUCCCUCAUUUACAAUUAUAUUUAUUUUUAUGUUUUAGUAAUAAGCUUGUAACAAAUAAGCACUUGAAAUAUAAAUCUACAGUUUGAAGACAGCAACCAGUCUGAUUCUGAUGAGGAACCAUCACCAGAAGCCCUCGCCAGGUACUUGGCCAUGCGUCGUCACACUGUUGGCGUUGGAGAUCCAAGGCAUGAAGUUACAGAUGACCUUAGGGUCAAGUUGCCACCCUAUUACCCUCUUAUGCCUCAAAAUGUUGUUAGUCAUAUCCUUCCUCCACUAGAUGUUAAUUUACCCGAGGUAGGUAAAUCCAGUUAAUUUCACUACAUUAACUCAAUACUUAAUCUCAUACUCCAAACUUCCUUAAUAUACUUCUGCAUGGAGAAUAUAAGAAAAUAAAAUUUGGUGAUAUAUGUCUUGACCUACUUUUGAUCAAUAUAGAUAUCUUUAAGCUCCUUUUAAAAAUGAAGAUACCAUAAACAAAUCAAAUAUUUCCAGUCACAGCCUCCCAUAAUGUCAACUUGGACUACCAAUCCUCUGGUGAUGACAACCAACUACCUUCCUAUUGCUGGGGACCCACAUUUGCUAAGACCUCCCUUGACAUUUGGACAAGGUAACAAUUAAUGGCUCUUAAUUUAGAUACUUCUGAAUGUUGUGUGGCUACUUUUACAGAUUCUUAUGUUUGUCAUCAGUAGACUGAAUAUUUCAUAAUUAAGCUUUUUUUCUUUGAUCGAAGAUGUACAUAUAACUCAAUUGAGGCCUUCAAAAAAUUACUUAGUUAAAAUAUUAUCUGCUGCUGGUGUGCUUUCUAUAAAUAUCUUCAAUGGUCAAGAUUAAAACCUAUAGAUACAUUUUUAAAUCUCAAAGGAAAUGAAGUUAAAAAAUUAUUUUAAAUUGCCUUAUCAAAUCAUAUAACUUAACAAAAUGUUUUUUGUUGUUGUUUUUUUUUACAUUUGAUAUAUGUUCAAGUUAAAUAAAGGGGAUGAUUGAUUUUAGCAGUUUAGUUGAAAAUGUAGACUUAUGUAUCAAUUUCUGUUAUUCUCUUUUAAAAUUAAAUUAUUUCUUAACCAAAUGAAAUUAAAGAUUUGCAUUAACAGUCAAUUUAGAAAUACAAACGAACAGAAUUAUUCUUUCAGCAUCAUCCUUGCUUGGCCGUAGGGCAUCAGAUGGUGGAGCCAACAUUCAUCUCUUCUCACACUUUCAACGUCAGUUCUAUGCCAAUAGUCAGCCUGGUAGCCAUGAAGGUCUGCCUCAUAUGCCUCAGGUGAGCUGAACACUGUCAUUAUAGAAUUAUUGAAGGAGUUGAAAAAUAGAUUUCUACUUAAAUACUUUACAAUUUUAGUUUUUUAAAUUAAAAAAAACAUUGAAAAAACGUUGCAAUAGACUUAAAUAAACAUAAUUUCAGUAGUGUUAAUGUUUUUUCCACUACUUCUUGCGGCCUGUACAACUGUACCAUCAUUAUGAUAUUCUAUUCUGUAUCUGAUUUAGUUUUUUCCUUGACUACUACCCUUUGUACUUACACUUCAUUUAACAUAAUAUUUGAAUUUAUUUUCAGUCCCUAUCACCCACUGGCAUCCCACUGCCUACACCAUCAUUACACAACAGUGUGACAGUUGAGGAAACUGAAGAACAAGAGCCUGAUUCCGAUGCUGUUCAUGAGUGAGUUCAAAUUUUGCCUUGAACGAUUUUUCGGUGAACUGGCUCGUUGUAAAAGGCUGGUUCAUAUAUAUAUAUGUAUAUAUUUUGGUGGGCCUUUGUUGACAUUUCCUAGUUUUGAGUGGACCUUAGGUCUUGUUUCCUAGGUUUGAGGGGGCCUUAGUUCACGUUUUCUAGGUUUAUUUGUAACAUGUAUAGAUGAGUCACAGUCCGAGGCUCAUUUGAAUAUAUUUUGUUUUGACAUCUUUAAUUUGGAAACGUUUACUUGUUCCUACAUAUCUAAUUGAAUAGAUCUAUCUUGAAGCUAUAACUGAAAACAAUGGGUAUACAGAUUAAAGAAACUUUUGCUGUAAAAUGUAGAUUAAAUAUGCUCACAAUUUCUUAACCAUUAUCAAACAUUUAAAAAAAAUGAAGUAAUUUUAAUUCCACUGUUUUUGUUUACCCAAACAGCUAUAUGUUGAGUCGCGGCAUCAACAAACGUCACACUCUGGCCAUAAGUCCGGAAGAACUGCAACAAAAACUCUCACUCCAGCACAGAGGUCGAAGAUCAACAGGGCUUUUGAUGCCUUCUGAAAGAAGUUCACGUAAGUAACAGGAUGAUCAGCCUGCUCGCUGAUUGUUGCACUGAUCAAUUUAAUAUCAUUAUAAAGUUUUAUUGUGACAAUUUUUUAUUUCUAUUAAUAGACAUUGUUAUAUUUCUCCCAAUUUUUUUUAAAACAAUUAUUUUUAUACUGGCGUCUAUAGAUCUGCUUUUUCUCAAUCAUGCAGUUUUUUUGCAUUUGUCUAUCCCCAUCAAUAUGUAUUAUCGACUUUCUACUGCAAUCAGAUCGUGACUCAUUUAAAGAUGUCCAUGCCCUGCACUUACCAAGUGAAAGGUUUUCUCCUGUGCGACGAGCAAGUGAGGGAACCACCAUUUCUGGGAAAAAUCAGGUAUUUAUGUCUCUUUCAAAAGAUGAUAAUGAAAGGCCUGUUAUCUCAUGGAAUAUAUAACCUUGGUAAUGGGGCUGAAAGAAUUUUUGACACAGUUGUGAUGUUUUUCCCCUUUCCUUCUAGGCCUUUCUAGAAAAUCUCUAUAAUCAAACUCUGGGUCACAUCAGCUCCCAGCACAGUUCACACAGUAGUCUGAAGCAGUUACAGAUAGAGUGUCAUGAAUUACAGGUGAGUUUUUUGCUUGAUUGUGAUCAUAGUUUUAUCUGGAUAUAUUAAUUUCUUUCUUUCUAAAGAAUAUCUUUUAAUUAUGCAGUUUAGUUCUGGUGAGCAGUUUUCAAAAUGCUGAAGAUGGGAUUAUUUUUAGAAAUAAAUGGCGCACAACUCUAAGAAAUUUAAACAUUAAAUGAAGCUCCUGUUAUUUAUUAAAAUAACUUAAAAUGACAAAUGUAACAAUUUGCCAAGUCUCUUUAAAUAUAUCUAUUAAUUUGAAAAAUAAUAAACGAUGCUGCUGGGUGCCAUCCAUGGCUUGACAUGUAAAUAGUUAUGGAAUGGGUGGAGUGAAUAUUUGUUUUGUUUUGUUUAAUUAAUGGAUGUUAAGUUCAUGAUUAUUUUGUUAAAUUGUAUGUACAGCAUGGUGAGCCCAGCCCUUGGCUGGGGUAGCACGCUAUAUAAAACUAAUACUAAUAAUAAUAAUAAUAUACAGCAGAGGUGCCAUAACACUCUCCAAUUUUGUAUGAAGGAAUUUUAGUAUAGAUCCAUCAAAUCAUUAAGUAAUGAUUACAUGUGAAAAAAAAAUAUCUAAAAUAACAUUUUUUUCAUAAUAGUUUAUGUUGACCAAUAAAGAGGAGCUUUCAAAUAAUACUUUAAUCAGUAAUGCAAAGUACUUGUUAAAAGAGCAAUUUAGGCAUGUUAAGAUAUAGAGAGAACAGCCAGCACUUACAUUUCUUGCAUUUCUUUUAUUUUUGCUUGGGUGAAGACAAAUAUCACGUAACUUCCUUUGGUUUCUUAAUAACUGGACCCUGAUUGAAAUCUCUGCCUCAUCAUAAUGCCUAAUUUUUAAUAAAUUGUUGCACAGUGUUUAAAAAUGUUUUCAUACUUCCAGUCUAGUUUUUACUGUUGUGAAAUAAUAACUUGACUUCUUAUUCAAAUAAAAAAAAAAUAGAAACAGUCGGGCUCCUCAAUGGCAGCCGAAAAACAGGCAGAGCUGCAACAGCAGCAUGCUCUACAUCUUUUACAGCAGCAGUCUUUCCAGGUAAUGAUUGUACAACUUUUUGUUGGGCAACUUAAACAAAAAUGUUCAUUGAACCCUUAGACAUGAAUCCUGAACAUAAAUAUUUCUUGAAAUACUUGAUACCUAUUCAGUCUUGGACAUAUCUGUAGAAACAUAAAAUCCUAUCAAUUUGUACAGGAUUUGAUAUGUACCUUGAAGCACAUGAAAUGGGAACAUUGACAGAAAAUUGACAUUAAAAAUGACUUCCUAGCUCAUGCUAUUUUUUAACAAGAGCUGUGGAGAGUUGUGUGUUGACGUCAAAGGUUACAGUUGUAAGAAUUCUUGGUGAAAACCAAACAAAUUUCAUUAAUAAAAUGUUAAGUGUAACAUUCAUCAAUUUGUUUUUAUUAACAGUUUUCAACAAUUUAAUAAUAACCCCUCAUGGGUCAAGAGUCAAAGUGCUACACUAGGUGCCCUUGACUGGUUUUCUCAGCUGUGGCAACCCUGUACAAAACAAGAUGUUUAAUCAGGCUUGUUCUGUUAUUCAAUAACAAGAAGAAUACUUCUGGGUAACUGGAAUGGCAGGAUUAUUAAUGUAUCAUUUCCUGAAAUGACUGAAUAAGUUGAUAAUUAGGGGUGUGCCGGACCCCGGUCCGGAAUCCGGUUCCGCCGGAUUUUGCACUAUCCGGUGAAAUCCGGUUCCGCCGGAUUUACAUGUAUCCGGAACAACCGGAUUCCGGAAUCCGGAAUAUACCGGAUUUCGGAAUUUGCCAGAUUUUGUGACUCACCGGAUCAUAAUCUGAAAUAAAAGUAAUUCUCUUUCCCGAAUUCCACACGAUCACGAUACAUUAAUCGAUUGUUUCGAGCGUUGAGCUUGUUUAAUGUUUAAUAUUCCGUACAUACCAGAGGCUAGAGUCAGCACCGCUAAUAGUGGCCAAUAGUGUAGGGACUUUGAUAAGAAAAUUUAAACUUUUUGUAAAAAUAAACCAAUGGCAUAGUUGAAAAGAUGUAAUUUUUUAAAGAAUUAUAACACCAAAAUCAUAUUUUUAGCUGUUGUAGUUUUAAAGUUAUGAAUUUUUAAAGUACGACUUGGUUUGUCAUUUUUUAACAUGGACUGCAUCUCCACAUUCUGUGAUCUCAUUCCACCAAUCCCGUCAUGCGCAAUGACUAUAUAGUUUAUAUAAGGCAACGCAUUCCCUGCCUUAUCACUAAAAUACUGUUUAGACUUAGUUUAAACUUUCAACUUUGGCACAUGAAUAAUUAAUUAAAGCUUUCCCUGACCAAUGGUUUAAUAGUUUUUGCACACGGCAAACUCUUAUGAAUGAAACUCUGAGGUAGUACUACGAUACAGUUAUGCAAGUGGCUGUGAAUGGUUGCCAAUGACAACGUGUUGCACACGGUAAAUUCUGAUCAUUUAUAAUAUGGAUUCUACCGGGUUGUUAAAGCUCAAAUUAAAACAUUCCAGUUUAAAUGUCUUUAAAUGCAUUCUGAAACACAAGUUAUCAAUUAUUUUGAUGUAAAUAGUGAUAAUAAAUUAAUAUUUCCUAAGUAUCGUCAACUUCCGCCAUUAAAAAGGGGGGCGUGGCCAACCCCAUGGCGAAAUUAGGUUGAGCGAGCUGCAUGACCUGCUGCGAACGCGUAGAAACAUGGCGUCUCUCGUAAGACACUUAUCCAAAUGGAACGGAACUCAAAUAUAUAUCGAAAGUACUAAUUUAAUAAUAAAUAGACACACACAUCGGAAAAUUAAAAACUCGGAUUUUUUGGCGCCGAUUGCGAAUUCCCAUACACAAAAAGUAGUAGUCCACCUUGACUUACCGAAGUAUCUACCAAUAGUACCAAAAUCCGGAAUCCGGGAGAAACCGGUAUCCGGAUCCGGCGGAUUUCGCAUAAGAAAAUCCGGAUCCGGAUCCGGUUGGAAAAAACGGAUCCGGCACACCCCUAUUGAUAAUUUAAUGAAUGUUAGGUUUCUGGCUUUGCUAGAUAAGUAGAAAAAUGGAAAGGAAUUGUUGAUAAAAUAUAAUUAAAAAAACAGGAAAAAUCUUCUUGGAAUCAUUACUAAAAAAAAUUUUCUCGUUUUUCUUUUUAAGUUGCCGUUUGGUUAUAGAUGGUUAUGAGUAUCCUGUCUGAUCUGAUGAUUCUUAUUAUUCACCUAAUCUCAUGUAGCAUGAGCGUUUUGUUUCAAUAAAUUGUACUAUCGCUGUAUAUAAAAAUGUAUCUUGUCACAGGCGAAUAUGAAAUGUUUUUUUAAAAAAUUACAUAAAUUGCAAAACUUAAAAAACUCUAAUUUUAUUUCUUUGGUGAAAACAAAUAUAUUAAUGUAGUAAUUAUACAACUGAGUUGAUACCAUCUAAAACUAGUAUGCAGUUAAUGUACAAAACAAUGUUUUGUGAUGUGACAUGACUGCUGUAUAAUAUUAAUAAUAAUCCUUUGAAGAAACAAAGUCUAAUUUACACCUGUUGUGCCAUUCAAAUGCCUCACUGAAAAACUUGACAAAAUUUGGUUUCUGAAAUAUUUUUAAAUUAGAAAAAGCUAAUUUUUUUGUCAUUGCAAACUGAAUGAUUGCGUGAGUGACAGUUCUGUUUUUCUUCCUCCUUUAGUGAGAUUUCUCUACAUUGUCGACAAUCCACUUUCAUUUAUGGUAAAUUCAAAUUCAGCUUCCAUUUUGCCCUAUCCCUUGACAUUCAACCCAAAAUGUAAAGAAACAGUAACUUACUUUUAUGCAAAUAAUCCAAAUUAUUUUGAGGGAUUUCCGUAACAAAAAAACAUAUAGAGUGAAUGGCACCUGAAUAUUGCCUUUUACAGUAAGUUUGAAACAUUGUUGCCAUAAGAAGUUUGAGAAUGGGAUUAUCACUAGUAAAGCAGAUUCUUAGAUUUGUGAUGUAAAUAUUACAUUGGUUUUUAUUGAAUAGAACAGUCUUUAAAACAGAUUGUUAUGUACAUUGGGGAUUUGGAAUGAUUAAUGAUAACUUGUUAAUCACUGGAUGCCAGAUCUAAAGUGUAACCAAGUUUAGAAACUCUUCAUAGUUUAUGCACAGUAUUACAUUUGGAUGAGGUGGAAUUUUGACUUUAUACAGAGUUUGAAUUACCAGGAACUAGCUUACCUGUCUUAUACAAGCUGUCAUUAAAAGCUAGUGAAGGGCUGUACACCAAAAAGAAAAUGUGCAUCUGUAGAUGAAAAAAACAGGGUAGAGAAAAAUAAAAAGUACAAUCCAUAUUCAAUGGAGGGUAAAUUUAUCAGUAUAGGAAUGUAAGUGAAUAAGGUGUUCAGAAAUAAGUACUUUGAUGAAUCUUAGUGAUUGAAGAUUUAUGGACAACUCUCAAACACUAGUUCCUUGGUGUGGCCUACGCUGUCUAGAACUGAGGACUGGAGAGUCAGAUCAGGGGGAAUCUAAUCUGCUUUUGCUGCAUAGAAAUUUAUCACACUCAACAUAGAACAACAUUGUUUAAAAAAAAAAAAAAUCGAGUAGCUGAUUUUUAUUAUUAAAAAAACAACAAAAAAAACUCCUAUCUUCUUGGCUUGAAUUAUUAUUUUAAAAAAAGAUUUGUUGACUUAGAACUGAGGACUGGAGAGUCAGAUCAGGGGGAAUCUAAUCUGCUUUUGCUGCAUAGAAAUUUAUCACACUCAACAUAGAACAACAUUGUUUAAAAAAAAAAAAUCGAGUAGCUGAUUUUUAUUAUUAAAAAAACAACAAAAAAAACUCCUAUCUUCUUGGCUUGAAUUAUUAUUUUAAAAAAAGAUUUGUUGACUCUACAGUCCUGCUAGUAACCCCUUUCCACAAGUCUGUGAGUGAACUGUCCACCUGUACCUCAAUCUUGAGUUAUGCAAUGUGUACACCUAGCUCUCUAGUGUGAGAUUAUUUUCUAAAAACCUCUUUUUUGCCAUGUCUUUUAGAGAUGAUCUACUUUUAAAAGAGGGAUGCACAUAAUAUAUUAUCAAUGGCACAAUCCUAAGCUUUGGGAUGUAUAACCAGGUCAUCUAGUACAUCACAGCUGUCCACUAACAUGUCUUAAAUUAAUUAAACAAAUAAGAUUUUGUCAUUUUGCUUCUUUGGUUUUGGGAAUUCCCUGUAAACAAUGCCCUCAGAUGGUGGAAGGCGCUUAUUGCAAACAUAAUUUAAGCAUGUUUCCUGCACAUUCACAAAUGCUGUAGACAUUUCAUGAUAAAUAUUAUUUAACAGAUGGAGUAAUAGUUUUUCACCAACACUUUUCUUAUGGUUUGUGUGUUGAAAUGCAUUUUAUACAAUACUACCUUUUAAUUCAGCAUUUUUCAACACACCAUAUUUCUCGAAAAGGGGGGGGGGGCUUAAACGUAAAAAAAAAAAUAUAUAUAAAAAAAGAGUUUUUUUUUAUCAUAAAAUUUGAAGGGGACAAAAGAAGUAAAUUUAAAAAAUAAAAAAAUAAAAAUGGGGGGGGGGUGCUUAAACGUAAAAAAAAAAAAUAUAUAUAUAAAAAGAGUUUUUUUUUUAUCAUAACAUGUGAAGGGGGCCACAGAAGUAAAUUUAAAAAAUAAAAAAAUAAAAACACAGCUCAGUUCCGAAUGGGGGCAAUGUAAGUCUCCAUAAUAUUGUUGAAUUCAUUGCAAUUCAGAUAGAUAAAAUUUAAUUUUAAAUACAUAUUCUGAAAUGUACGCCGAAAUACCCCAUUCGCGCAUUCUGAAAUGCAUUCAUUACCUAACAAGGCAACAAUGUAAUCAGAUAUCGCAGUAGUCAUAGUGAAAACUGUUGAUAUAUAUAAGAUAUGUUAUUACAUAGGAUCUCGUGUGAUAGAUAAUAAUAUCUCUUUAGUGUUUUUGGUUAAUCAGAAUCCAGUACACACAUUUUUCUGUUUUCAAGCUAUACAACCUAUCCAUAAUAAAUAUGAUUUUUUUUUUUUUUAAAUUACACUGAACACAUAGUUCAUAAUUUUACUAUUCGUUUAUUUUUUUAAAAAGAAAAACAAUGACAAUUCAUUGGGGGCUCUUAAAAUAUGUUCUUAUGUAUUUCAGACGAGGCUGUGUCAGACACCCAGCCCACCCCCUCCUUCAUCAAGGCCAUUGUCCCCUGAUGCCCAGUCAGCAUUGCUUUAUCAACAACUUCAACAACUUCAACUUCAUCACAUGGCAUCACCAUCUCCUCCAUCAGCUGGGCUGCAGAGAGCAUCGCCACCACUUCUAACAGGGGGUAUAACUUCUGGCAUUCCUAUAACUGGUGCAAAAUCUACAGUGGGGAUAUCUUCAGGCAUUCCACAUCAGACAGGGGGAAUAAUAAAGGGUUUUCCAAUGACAGGAGGGAUAACUUCUGGUCUGCCUAAGAUUUCUAUCAUAGGAAAUGUUGCAUCAAAUAGCAUGGGCUGCAUAUACACCGGUGUGUCUAGCUCGGCCUCCAGUGGAUGUAUCAGCCCUCAUGCAUCAUCUGGUCAGACAUCACCGCAGUGUGUCGUUGCAGAGCCGGGCUCUAUUCCUGCCCUUAGCUUCACGCAAAUGAUGCAAGAUUUGCAGUCGGGCUCUGACACACCUCCUGAAAAUUUCUCCAAACUUUUGCAGACACUGCAGAGCCCAACUCGGUUAACAUCUAGCCCGGUGGGGAGCUCUGGUCAAGGGGGUUAUUUUUGUGAUGUUCCAGUUAGUGGCUGUGGUGGAAGUAACGGCACCCCGAGAUUCAUUAGUGGCCCAGGGGGAUUCCAACGAAGCUCAGACUCUCCACCUCAGAUGACUGUUUCCUAUUCAACCAUGCUUCAGAAUUUUGCUCAAAGUUUACAGCGGUCUUCACCCCCUUCCAGUUUUCAAAACCUUCACAUGAUCAAGGAAGACACGGGAGAUGCCAUGGACAAUGGAUCAGAGGAGCAUGCUGAUGAAGAUGAUGAGGAGAUGUAUGACGUGGAUGGUGGCAGUGUCAAACACCAGCCUUUGACCCCAACGUCAUCAUCGGAGCUGGAUCAGUAUUUCCAGGAGUCCAACCCAGUCAAGCGCAGUAGAGGAAGUCAUUACAAACACAAACUGACCAACUACAUCGGAAAUCCACAGAUCAGCAUCACUGAUGCCCAGGGCCAUGUGACGGAUGUGAUCACAACUGAUCCAAGUGAUAUGAUGGAGGAGAGGAAAGAGAUCCCCAGGAACUCCCUGACGGGCAACAUGUCGGGGGGAGUGGAUGUUUCCAUGUCCAGCGCCGGCUCCACAUCCCAGCUCAGGCAUCAGCAGAAACUCCAGCAGUUGUUCAACCCUUCCUGGGUCAACACAAACUUGGCUAGCAUUCCUGGCUCUAAGAUACCCUCAUCGCCAUCAUCCCCCUCCUCAUCCUUCAUGCCGUACACAUCACCGGGCUUGAACAACAGUGCUACUUCCAGAUCAGUCCCAUACUCUUCUAGCUCUUUUUCCACAACUCCUGGUUCUGGUUCAGCAAUGCGUCAUCGUGGGUCUGCAUCAUGGCUGCGACGUCACGCUGCUGGUUACCAUCAACAUUCCCACCAUCACCACCACCAUCCCAGCCAUCAGUAUACAGAUGUGCCGGGCGACAUAAACACUCAUGUAGCAUGCACCUCCCCAGACGCCAUCAGUUUUAUUGUUCCCGCUGGACAGCAGCGUCAUUAUGGUAAUAACUACCAAAGCAUCCCACUUUUGUCAGGUCGGACCGUUUCUCCAACUUGCUUCUCACCUGAUCAGUAUAGUGAAGGCAGCAAGACCAAUGUUGAUCACCCCCUACUGUGUUAUGAACAUUCCAUCAACAUACAUUCCUCUCCUUCUUCUAAUGUUGCCUCCCCCGCUACAUCACCAGUUCCAGUCAUAACAUCAUCACCUCCAUCCCCGACACACACAAAAUCUGAUACACCCUACCGGCGCUCUCCCUCUCCUCACAGCUCCACAUCACCAUCGCCUUCUCCACCUCAGAUCAUUCCUUCCAUUAAUGCAACCACACUUCCUUUCUCUCGUCCAUCCUCUCCUCACUUCCCAUCUGUUGGACCCUCACCCUCUUCAUCUUCCCCCACCUAUGGAUGUUACUCUCCCAGCACUUCACCCUUCCCAACGCCCACCAACACGCCACGUCCUUCCAUCUGCAACACAGAUUCUGGUCACUCAGAGAUGGAUCAGGACGACGCUGUGUCCUCUGUCCUCUUGGAGAUAAGUCAUCGUAAGAGUGUUGAGGAUGUCCUGCAGGCUGUCAAGGCUGCGCUGGAUUCCAUCUGCCCUCAGGUUGAUUACCAGUGCUGUGAGACUUCCUUUAAACUCAAUGGUCACAGUGACCUACAGAUGGAGCUUGAGGUGUGUAGUGGUAUGGAUGGGCAUGUGCCUGGCCUGCAAGUGCGCAAACUUUCUGGCAACAAUUUGGAAUAUGCCAAGUUGUGUAGUCACCUCAUGGCAUGUGUUAAUAACUGAG